AUGUCAUCGACAUCUACCGAUCCUAGCUAUAGCGCUAUUAGCAAUAUCAACUUUACUGGAGGAUUUCCAACUUCAGCAGAUCUGGCGCCUUCAAUCGUCUUCCUAGUACUUUACGUUUUGGUUACACCUUUAUUAUUAUGGAGAUGGGCGAGAAAGUCAGAUAGGACUUUGAUCCUGAUUCGACCAACGAUAUUCCACACUUGUAGAAUAGCGAUGCUUGCUAUUCGAGCUUAUAUGUCGAAAAAUACUUAUGGUGAAGGUCUUUUGAUCGCAGAAUUAGUCUUGGUUUCAAUCGGAUUCUUGUUUUUGAUCGAACCUGUAGUCGCUUGUUGGAAAUUGCAAAUUGACUCGUAUCUGUCAGAAGAAGAUCGACCAACAUGGGUACGAAGAUUAGCACUUUUACUUAAAUUCACCGUUUUGGCAGCUAUCGGAACUGCUAUUGCUGGAUCUGCAUUGAUAUCAAAUGCCAUCAAAAACCCAGACCAGUUAAAUACCGUGAAACAUCUGAGACAAGCAAGUAAUGUUUUGUCCUUUGGCGCUGUAACAGUUGUUGCCAUCGCUGCCAUCUUAACUUGGAGAAGAUUCACACUUGACACGAGGGGAACAGCAUUCAUCGUUUUGACAUCUGCUUGUUUAAUCGUAGUAGCAGUUUACAGGAUGGUUCAAACUUUUUCUACCAAUUCUAGUGCUCCCGUAAGAAGUCGAGCUGCAUUUUGGGGGUUACAAAUGGUGUUCGAAUUCUUAGCAUUUAUAUUGAUUCUUUCAAUCUCAAUUCCAACUUGGUUCCCUGGACAAAAAGGUAGAAUAGCAAGAAACGGAUUAGACGAGGAAAUGUCACCUACAUCCAGAUCAGGUCACAAUGGCCCCGCAAAGGCCAACGCUUAG